AUGUACUACCGAAAUGGGAAACGCAGCAGGUGGACAGGGCCAGAGAGUUUGGUUUUUAUGUGGAAGGCCGAAUGGGCCCGACUCAAGGGGGUCCAAACUCAACCUACUGUACUAAGUACAGUCCUAUGUAAUGUAGCCCGCGGGACAGAAUUGGAUCGUCGACAGCCGAGCCCUGAGGAAGGGCCCAUCCGACUGGGUCUCUGGCUGAUCCCAGCGACCAGGAUAGCACUAAGCCCAGAGCAGCAGCAGCAACAACAACAACAACAACAACAACAACAACAACAACAACAACAGCAACAACAACAACAACCACAACAAUAA